AUGCCCGGACUCCUCGCCACGGCGCUACAAUCGGCAACCCUGAAAGCGUCGGCCAACUUCACGGCCCAGUUCGUCAACCAGCACAGACAGGGAGGCGCGGUCCCGUUCGACUUCCGGCGCGUGGCCGAGUUUGCGACGUUCGGCUUCAUUCAAGGUCACAUCAACUACUGGUGGCAGCACUUCCUCGAGGACCAGUUCCCCAACUCCGCCAGCAAGGCCGCGGCCAAGUCGCAUAAGAAGUCGUCGUCCACGGUCGAGAAGGGAGAGUCCAAGCCGGAGAAGCCCGUCGCCGCCCAGGCGCCGCCCGCGGGGAAGAACUACUUCAAUGUCGCCCGCAAGAUCCUGGUCGACCAGACCAUCGGCCUGUUCAUCAUGAACUCGGCGUUUCUCAUCAUCACCUCCGCCCUGAGGACAGGGAGCGCCACCAUCACGUACCAGAUCUGGAGUGAGAGGAUCUUCGACCUCAUCAAGGCGGCGUGGAAGCUGUGGCCGCUGGUGGCCUUUUUCAACUUUGCAUUCGUGCCUGUCGGAUACAGGGCACUCGUUGGAAUGACGGUCGGGUUCGCGUGGAACAUGUUUCUCACUUUCUUCCUGUCAUGA